CGCCAUCUCUAAUUUUUUCUCGUUCGGGCUAGUUUUUCCUCGGGGAUGAAGGUUGUUUUUUCUUGAAUUACGUGGUAAAUUUGGUGCAAAAGUUGAUUCCGGUUUGCCGAAAUCGUAGCUGAAGCUGAUCACCAUGAAGAAAAUUGCUGACCAAAAACUGCAGGCUUUCACCGUCGGAACGAUGGGGAAGCGCCAGCUCAGCCGGAAGGAGCUGGAGGAACAGAAAAAGCGCGAAGACGAAGCGGCCGCAGCACACGCGUUCAAAGAGUUUGUUGAGACAUUUCAAGAAGCUCCCUCCAAGAUAUCCAAGGUGUGGGUAAAAGCCGGAACGUACGAUGCGGGAUCCAGAAAGGAAGACGUUCGCGAGAAGGGCAAAUUGUACAAGCCUUCGUCCCGUCUGGAAAGCGAACAGGAAAAAGUCAACGACUAUGUUAAAAUGUUGGCAAACGAAUCCAAGAAGGACCUGUUGCUACCGGGCGCGAAGAAAAAGUCUGGGGAGAAGAAGAAAAGUAACCUGGAAUUGUUCAAGGAGGAGCUGCGGCUGAUCCAGGAAGAGCGCGAGGAACGGCACAAGUACAAAAAUACGGCCAAAUCGAUGCUACCGGUUUCGAUCGAUCCGGAUCCGCCGUACAACGAGGGUAACACUAAGGAGUCUGGUUCCUUCGACAAUGGGGACCCAAAUACCACCAAUUUGUAUUUGGGUAAUUUAAAUCCGAAGAUCUCGGAACAAGCGCUGAUGGAACUGUUUGGUAAGUACGGUCCAUUGGCUAGCAUCAAGAUUAUGUGGCCUCGAUCGGAGGAAGAACGGGCCCGUGGAAGGAACUGUGGUUUUGUGGCGUACAUGAGUCGUCGGGAUGCCGAGAGGGCUUUGCGGGCACUCAACGGGAAAGAUGUUAUGAACUACGAGAUGAAACUGGGCUGGGGUAAAUCGGUACCCAUCAUGACUCAUCCUAUCUAUAUUCCACCGGCCCUGGUGGCUUACACAUUGCCUCCGCCUCCUUCCGGACUACCCUUCAACGCUCAGCCUCAUCCGUCCGAUUUGGAAAAUAUUCCUAAAAUGACCUCCAAGAUGUAUAUGGACGAGCCGGAGCAAAAAGAGAAAAUGGACAACGUUCUGUACAAAUCAUCGAUUAAGGUGGUUAUUCCAACGGAACGGCCGCUAUUGAUGUUGAUCCAUCGAAUGGUUGAGUUUGUAAUACGGGAAGGACCGAUGUUUGAAGCGUUGAUUAUGACCCGGGAAAUGGAAAAUCCGAUGUACAAAUUCCUGUUUGAGAAUGAGAGUCCAGCUCACAUUUACUAUCGGUGGAAGCUGUUUUCACUGCUCCAAGGUGACACGGUGGCCGAUUGGCGAGUCAAAGAAUUCCGUAUGUUCAAAGGCGGCUCUAUUUGGAAACCUCCACCGAUCAAUUUCUACACCCAGGGUAUGCCCGAUGAACUACUGGUAGAUUUAGAAGGCAUCGACAGCAACAAAGGCAAUCUCUCGGUGGCGCAAAGGGAUCGAUUGGAGGAUUUGCUGCGACAUCUGACCCCUGAGCGGCAGAAAAUUGCCGACACCAUGAUAUUCUGCAUCGAGCAUGCGGAUGCGGCCGAGGAAAUUUGCGAUUGCAUUGCGGAGUCGCUGUCAAGCAACGACACUAUGGUUAAGAAAAAGGUUGCCCGGAUCUAUCUGAUUUCGGACAUUCUACAUAAUUGUAGCGUUAAGGUUCAAAAUGCCAGCUUCUUCCGGAAAGCGCUGGAAAAAAACUUAAUGGAUAUUUUUAAAAGUUUGAACAGUUAUCACAUGCAACUAGACAGCCGACUGAAGGCUGAAGGUUUCAAAUCACGUGUGAUGAACGUUUUUAGGGCGUGGGACGAGUGGGUCGUUUACCCUAAAGAAUUUUUGUCCCGUUUGCAACACACAUUCUUGGGGAUUCCAAUUGUUGAAAAGAAAGAAGAGGAAGAACCGGAAGAAGAAAACGAAGAUGAAGAUCUGGAUGGUAUUCCACUGGAUGGUGCGGCCCUGUUGAAAAGUGCAAUGCUGAAAGGAAUGACGGAGACCGAUCAUAGGACCCCGAUUCUAAAACAGGGCAUCUACAGCGAUGAGGAGGAUAUCGAUGGAAUGCCGAUGGAAGACGACAUCGAUGGUGUUCCGUUGGAUAAUUCAGCGACCGAACUGUUUCCAGCUGGAAACUCAAAAAGUAAAGUCAAGGGAACCGGAUCGUUCAUUCCAUCUAAAUGGGAAACGGUUGAUGCUUCGCAAAUUGAAGCUCAGGCUAUCACCACCAGCAAGUGGGACACUUUGGAUCCAGUCGCACCAGAACCUCCGCAUAUUAAGCUGAGAGAUGAUUCGGACGACGAACACACCACUAAGGGAGAUGAAGAAGCUCGUCGGCAGCGGUUACGUGAAAUUGAGGUCAAGAUAGUUCAAUACCAAGAUGAAUUCGAAUCCGGCAGCCGGCAGGUUCGGGUCGGUUGGACUAUGGGCGAAGAAAUUGCGCACUACCGGCGAAAACUGAUCAAGAAAGCUGAAAAGGAGCUACGCCAACAGCAAUUGGCCAUGGCACAACAACAAAGCGAUGACGAUACCGAAGAAGAUACGGACGAAUAUGAACGAACCUCAAAGAAGGGGUCUAAACGAAGUGUCAGUCCAGAAAUAUCUCGCAAACACAAGAAGAGCCGCCGAUCUCCGUCGUCCGAGUAUCUGCGAGAAACCACAGCCAAAUCGUCGCGACGAUCGCGAUCCCCUGUCUACACGAGCAGUAGCCGUAGUAAACGUGAUUCCCUGUCACCUCCUGCUCGGGCGAGUAGCAGUAAAACGGCAUCGUCCCGGCACCGUCUAUCCCGUAGCUCCUCCCGAUCACCCACACGAAGGCAUCACGAGCGGUCGAUUUCGCCGGCAACCCGUAGCAAAUACGACUUGCUGGAAUCACCGGCCCGGGUAUCAUCCAAGUACGAAAGCACCAGUAGUUCCUCGAAGUAUGAAAAGUACGAAACGGCAAGUUCGUCGUCGAAAUACGAUUCCCGGCUGUAUGAAGAUGCUAGGACCGGAAGCAGCAGCAGCAAGUACGAAAAGUACGACAAAUAUGAAAUUGUUUCCACCAGCAGUGGUAAGCACGAUCGGGAGCGAGAGAGGGAACGAGACCGGGACCGGGACAGGGAACGGGACCGUGAAAGAGACAUACGUGAGCGAGAGCGGGAUCGCGAUCGGGAUCGACUCUACAGCGGCGGCAGCAGCAGCAAGUACGAAACCAUCAGUUCCAAGUACGACGACGGCGAAAGUAGAAAAUACAGAUCCCCCUCACCGCGAGGUUCGUCCAGCAGAGACAGCUAUCGAUAUAGCGCUGCCACCGGAGGUAGCAGUAGUGGGCUGAGCAGCAGCGGCACCAGCAGAAUAGAAAAGCACAAAAAACAUAAAUAUUGAACUAACUGUUUCUCCUUUGCCGCAUUAGUGAACUAGUGGCUUCUAGGUGAGAUUAAGAAAUAAGAUUACACCGAUAUCAAAGAUAGUUUUUGAUAUCGUUUUUGAUCCUUGCAUCCUAUUCCCGAUGCAUUGUUUUGCAUUCGAACGCGCUUCACCAGAUUGCAUGGUAAGUCACUAUGCAAAGGCAUUUUAAUUAUAGAUGGAUGAAUUUCUUGAUUAUAGUGUAAAUGUGAACCUUAUAUGCGAUUGAUUUGUGCUGCAAUGUAUGUACACUUGUUUUGCACAGAUGGCUUUCUUUCGCAGAAAAAAUAAAAUAAAGCCAAAAUCAGUAA